AUGGUAUCCUGCCAGGCUAUCACAAGCUCUUUCCGGGCUGGACGAAGGUCUCUGGCUCCUACAAUACAACGACGUAGACUACAAGAUGUUGCCAUUACGCGGACUGGGAAGCCGAUCAUCAGAGUACAGGGGGGACGCUCUUCGUUAGGAGGAUAUACAGCCACUGUCUUUGGAGCUACAGGUUUCCUCGGCCGAUAUAUCGUCAAUCGUCUUGCCGGACAAGGGUGCAUGGUAGUAAUACCUUUUCGAGAAGAAAUGGCCAAGCGGCAUCUCAAACUCACGGGCGAUCUGGGAAGAGUCAACUUUUUGGAAUUCGAUCUGCGAAACACUCAAUCAAUCGAAGAGAGUGUAAGACAUUCUGACAUUGUUUUCAAUCUCAUCGGAAGGAAAUAUCCCACCAAGAACUUCAACUACCACGAUGUACAUGUGGAGGGGACCGAGAGGAUUGCGGAGGCUGUCGCAAAGUACGAUGUUGAUCGGUUCAUACAUGUGUCGUCUUACAACGCAGAUCCAAAAUCGCCGUCAGAAUUCUUCAGGACGAAGGGUCAAUCCGAAAUGGUAGCUCGCGAAAUCUAUCCAGAAACAACUAUAGUCAGACCAGCGCCCCUUUUUGGCUUCGAAGAUCAGCUUCUCCAUAAGCUCGCUGGUGUCGCGAACCUUUUCACUUGCAAUCAUAUGCGAGAACGAUUUUGGCCUGUUCACGCGAUUGACGUGGGAGAAGCUCUUGAGAGGAUUGCUUUCGACGAUACCACGGCCGGUCAAACUUUCGAGCUUCAUGGGCCUACUAAUUACUCCAUGGCGGAGAUUGCUGAGCUUAUCGACAAAGAAAUCAUCAAGAAGCGGCGACACAUCAACGUUCCCAAACGGUUACUCAAACCUAUAGCUCAUUAUCUAAAUAAAAUUCUGUGGUGGCAGCUUCUCAAUUCCCCGGAUGAAAUUGAACGGGAAUUCAUUGACCAAAAAAUCGAUAAAACUGCCAAAACAUUCAAAGAUCUGGGCAUGGAACCUGCUGAACUGGCCAACCUGACCUUCCACUACUUGCAAGAUUAUAGAAGUUCAUCUUACUAUGAUCUGCCACCAGCAACGACGAGAGAAAGAAGAGAAGAGAAGAAGUAUCUUCAUGUCAUUGAUGACCAAUAG